CAACAACAACAACAACAACAGCCCUCCUCCUCACAGUCCACUCAUUUCAAGACAAAUACCCAUUCCUUUCCCUGUAUAUUCACAAUGAAGUUCUCCAUCAUCUCUGCUGCUACCCUUGCCAUUGCCGGCCUUGCCUCCGCCGCCUCCAUCCCUUGUGAGAAGUUUGUCCCCACCGAGGGUCUUACCUGCCAGGCUCUUGCCGCCAAGUACAACGUCAAGGUUGACAUGCUCGCCAGCACUAACGGUCUUUCCGGCGACUGCGAUUCCGCUUUGAAGAACACUUCCACAGUCUGUAUCCAGAGCCACCACACCCACACCAAGCGCUGCCUUGCUGAGAAGAAGGCCGCCGAAGAAAAGGCUGCCCAGGAAAAGGCUGCCCAGGAAGCUGCUGCUGCUGAGGAAGCCGCUGCUGCCGAGGAGUCCUCUGAUGACGAAUCUUCUGAAGAACCCGCUGAUGAGGAGACCACCUCCAGCUCCUCUGGCUCUGGCCCCUCUCCCCAGGCUGUCCCUGCCUCCGAAGCUGGUAGCUUGAGAAUCGUUAACAAGGCCAACGAAAACUGUGCCUGGUACUAUGUCAUCACCUCCGCUGAUACCGGCUGCGCUGACGUCGCUGCCAAGAACGGUAUCACCACUGACGACCUCUACAGCUGGAACAAGAACCUCCACAGCGUCGGUGUCCACGAGUGCGACAACUUGGACGAUGGCAAGGCUUACUGUGUUGGUCUCUAAGUGACACACAUCUAAUGUACUUUAACAUCUUCACUUCAUGCCGUUCGAAUAAAUUGUAUCACAUAAGCAUCAACAAUUUAUCAUUUUUGCAUUUGAAAAGUUGACUUUGGGCAGUGUUAUAGUGUGACGGUGGGAAGUGCUUUAUGAAUUGUAGCAGUAGUUAUCUGUUGACGGUGUGUUUUCAACAUACGAUAGAAAAAUAAUCUAGUACGACCUUCAUACAGUCUUUAAAAUGUACAUGUGCGUAAAACGGAUCAAUUGGAGACGAUUGCUCUCUUGAAUAAAUUCCACUACUG